UAUGGUCUUGGGAAAUUAUCAGAAUCAGAGCUGACUAGAACAGGAUUUGAAGGUUAGGUUAGAGAUCGAAGGGAAAGAGCAGGAAUUUACUGUAGAUACUGGGGCUACUUAUUCGGUUUUAAAUAAACGAUUGGGACCAAUCAGUGACACUACAGUACAAGUAGUAGGAGCAAUGGGCCAGUUGGAAGAAAGGCCGUUCCUACAGCCAUUAAAUUUGAGAUUUGGGGGGAAGGAAUUAGAUCAUCAAUUUUUAUAUAUGCCCAAUUGCCCUAAGUCACUAUUUGGGAGGGAUUUGCUAUCUCUUUUGAACAUGAAAAUUCUGUUUGAAGAUGGAAGAGUUAAAGUAGAAGUUCCUGAAGAAGAAAUAGCCAAAUUAUUCGUGAUUAGAGAAGUUGAACCCACCCCUAUCCCUGAGGAGGUAGAACAGGCUGUGGUACCAUGGGUAUGGGAAACGGGAGUCCCGGGGAAGUCUAAAGCUGCUCAACCAGUAAUAGUAGAGUUAAAAGAAGGGGUACAACCUGUAAGGAUAAAACAGUAUCCUAUUAAACUUGAAGCCAAAGAAGGGGUUGCUCCUCUCAUAGCACAAUUUCUAACACAAGGAAUACUGGAAGAAUGUGAAUCAGAAUACAACACCCCCAUUUUUCCCGUAAAGAAACCUAAUGGUAAGUAUAGAUUGGUACAGGAUUUACGGGCAAUUAAUAACAUUGUUAAGGAUAUUCACCCAGUGGUUGCAAAUCCAUAUACUUUGUUAACAUCUGUGUCUGAAAAGUUUAAAUGGUUUACUGUAAUUGAUUUGAAGGAUGCAUUCUUCUGCAUUCCCCUGGCAUUGCAAAGUAGGAAAUAUUUCGCCUUCGAAUGGGAUAGCCCAGACACCGGUCGCAAGAAGCAACUCACCUGGACGAGAUUACCCCAAGGCUACAAGAACAGUCCAACGAUAUUUGGGAAUCAGUUGGCAAAAGAAUUGGAAGAAUGGAAGAUGACUGAGGUAAGAGACUCGCCGUUCUCAUACGUGAUUUUACAGUAUGUCGAUGAUAUCUUUCUAGCCACAGAAGAGAAAGAACUGUGUUUAAAGCUUACCAUAGCAUUGCUGAAUAUGCUGGGCCAGGCUGGAUAUCGAGUAUCAAAAGAAAAAGCACAGCUGAUAAAGGAAAGUGUGAUUUACCUGGGUUGUGAAAUCAUUCAGGGUCAGAGACGGUUGGGAAUCAACCGAGUGGAGGCCAUUUGUGCCAUCCCGCUCCCGAGAAGUCACCAAGAAUUAAGAUCUUUCUUGGGGAUGGUAGGAUGGUGUCGAUUGUGGAUUCCAAAUUUCGGGUUACUAGCGAAACCAUUGUAUGAGGCCCUGAAGGAACCACAGCUGAACUGGGACAGGUCAAGGAAGAAUGCUUUCCAAAACUUAAAACAAGCCCUGAAGGAGGCCCCGGCUUUAGGGCUCCCGGAUUUGAGCAAGGACUUUCAGUUGUAUGUAAAUGAAAGACAAAAGCUGGCUCUGGGAGUACUAACCCAACGGAUCGGGUCAUGGAAACGCCCGGUGGGAUACUUCUCGAAGCAGCUGGACACUGUCAGUGCUGGUUGGCCGUCAUGCUUGCGGGCAGUUACGGCCACGGUGAUCCUCAUUCAAGAAGCCAGAAAAUUGACGAUGGGCAAGAAAAUGGAGGUAUUUGUACCCCAUAUGGUACUGGCUGUUUUGGAACAAAAGGGGGGUCACUGGUUAUCAUCUAGCCGAAUGCUGCAGUACCAAGCAAUAUUGAGAGAGCAGGAUGAUGUAGAAUUGAAAAUAACUAAUCAUAUUAAUCCAGCAGAAUUUCUCCGCAGUGAACAGGAGGAGGGAGAAUUGGCGCAUGAUUGUGUGGAGGUCAUCGAGCAGGUAUACGCUAGUCGGAUAGAUCUUAAAGACACACCGAUGGAAGAUCCAGACUGGGAACUGUUCACGGACGGAUCAAGUUACGUGGAAAAUGGUACCAGGUAUGCAGGGUAUGCCGUGGUGACUGUUCAUACGAUUGUAGAGGCAAAAGCUUUACCUCCUGGUACCUCAGCCCAGAGGGCAGAAAUAAUUGGGCUUACACGAGCCCUAGUCCUCAGUACUGGAACAAAAGUAAAUAUUUGGACUGACUCUAAAUAUGCCUUCGGGGUAAUCCAUGUACAUGGGGCAUUGUGGAAGGAGAGAGGACUACUCAGUUCACAGGGAACAUCUAUCAAGUACAAAGAAGAAAUCUUAGCUUUGCUGGAAGCAGUACACAGACCGAAAAAGGUUGCGGUAAUGCAUGUGAGAGGACAUCGAAAGGAGGAAGGAAAAAUUUACCAAGGAAAUGAUUUGGCUGAUGUGACAGCUCGAAAGGUGGCUCGAGAGGUAUGGACUCAGAUGGCAUUAAUACCAGUCAAGGUAAGCCCAGUAAAUCCCUACCUAAACCAGGCACCUAAAUAUACAAUAGACGAUGAGAAGUUGGCAAUGUUAUUGAAUGCACAAAAGAACAUGACUGGAUGGUAUGUAACAACAACGGGACAGGUCGUGGUACCAGCAAAAAUAAUGAAAGUCAUUUUGGAAACAGAACAUAACAAAUGCCAUUGGGGUGCAGAGAUGCUCGUAAAAUUCUUAAGGAGAGAAAUAGUUUCAAACCAGAUGUUAACACUUGCAAAACGGGUGAAUGCAAUGUGCCCAGUCUGUUUGAAAAAUAACCCGAUUGUCAGGAAACAAAUUCAACUAGGGAAACUGCAGGUAGGACCGGAACCGGGAGACUAUUGGCAAGUAGAUUUUUCUGAGUUACCAAAAGCACAAAAUUUCAAGUACAUGAUAGUGUAUGUCUGUACCUUUUCAGGAUGGCCAGAAGCUUACCCCUGUAGGACAAAUCAGGCUAAGGAAGUGGUUAGGACACUGCUUAAAGAAAUCAUUCCCAGGUUCGGGGUACCUCUAGGGUUGUCGUCGGAUAGAGGUCCACAUUUUAUAGCUGGGAUUGUGCAAACAGUAGCUAGGAUGUUGGACAUAUCUUGGGACUUGCAUACACCUUGGCGACCUCAAUCAAGUGGUCAGGUUGAAAGAAUGAAUCAAACACUGAAAGGGCAAAUCAAGAAAAUUUGCCAGGAAGCUAAAAUGCAAUGGCCGCAAGCAUUACCGUUAGCUUUAUUGCGAAUCAGGAUAAAGCCCAGGGAGAGGUUGGGGGUAAGUCCUUAUGAGAUUCUAUAUGGGAAACCUUAUCAUGCUACCGUACUAAAGGGAGAUCUACAUGUACAAGGGGACCAAGUGAUAUUUAAUUAUGUAAUGUCACUAAACAGAACUCUCAACAGCCUACGGGGAGCCCUGCAGUGGAACCGACCCCUACCACUGGAGAAUCCAGUCCAUAACAUCCAACCUGGCGACCGAGUGUAUGUGAAAAAUUGGUUCACGGAUCCACUGAAGGAAACAUGGGAUGGCCCCUACCAAGUGAUCCUGACGACCUACACAGCAAUAAAGGUGGCGGGAAUCGACACCUGGAUCCACUACACUCGAGUCAAGAAAAUUCCAACACAAUGGGAGACUCAGAUGGUCUCCCCGACACAAAUGAUAUUUCGCGCAAAACCGCAUUCUUAA